AUGCCGAGACUCCCUUUGUACUCAGGCGACAUCAUAUCGUUUAAUCUUCUGGGAGAAACCAUAAUCGUAUUGAACUCGAGUGAUGCUGCCGAGGAUCUUUUGUCCAAACGCUCUUCCAUCUAUUCUGAUCGCCCUCGGGCCAGCACUACGAUGGCCACAAGCGAUAGGCUAGUUGGGUGGGGGAAUAAUACGGGCAUCAUACGCUACGGAGAACGGUGGAGAGCUCAACGGCGAAUGACCCACGAACUUUUACACAAACGAGCGAGUGAGGAGCUGUGGCCUAGUAUAAUUAAAAACUCGCGAUUAGCCCUCGAACAGCUUUUAGAUAAGCCUGAUGAGUUUGAAAGUCAUUUGAGACGAAUGGCUGGGUCGUCAAUUAUCAAAUCAGUGUAUGGAUACGAAGCAACAGCAUCUAACGAUGCAUUAUUCGAAGCAGUUUCCCAAGCGGUACAAGGAUUCUCUCAAGCUGUCCUUGCCUCAAACUUUUACGUCAACCUCUUCCCGUGGAUGCAGUAUAUCCCUGCGUGGUUCCCCGGAGCACAGUGGAAGCGUAAAGCCCUUGCCUGGCGCGAGCAGACGGAUCAGAUGUUAAAUAUCCCCUACAACUGGACGAGAGACAAAAUGGAGUCGGGAACUGCCCCUCCUUCGAUGUUGAGCCGACUUUUAGGGAGUUACAGAAAGGAGCUAUCUGACAAAGAGAAAAAUAUCACGCUUUGGGCGGCAGGAACAUUGUUUGGAGCUGGUACCGAUACAACUGUCGCGAGCUCCUUGAUUUUCGUUAUGGCAAUGGCAAUGCAUCCUGAGGUACAGACCAGGGCACAGGCUGAAAUAGAUAGUGUUCUGGGCGGUAGCCGGCUUCCAGAAAUGGAUGACCGACAAUCUAUGCCAUACGUUCAAGCGAUCGUCAAAGAGGUGCUUCGUUGGAGAUCUGUUCUUCCACUAGGGGUUCCCCAUGCUUCUAUAGAAGAAGAUUUUUAUCAGGGAUACAGAAUCCCCAAGGGGGCUACUAUUAUCCCAAACCAAUGGGCGAUGAGCAAUGACAAGCGGGUGUACUCGAACCCGGAACGCUUCGACCCAAGCCGUUAUCUGGAUACCUCUGUUCCCGAAGCCCCAGCAUUCGGAUUUGGUCGCCGGAGUUGCCCCGGGAUUCACUUUGCCCAGGCUGCGCUAUUCAUGGUAGCCAGUGGCAUGCUUGCUUGCUUCGACAUUAGUCCAAAAAAGGAUUCCGAAGGUCACCCUAUUCCAUUGACUGCCACUAUGGGACAAAACACAAUCACAAGGUAA